AUGACUUACAACAAUCCCAUCAUUCCUGGCUUCAAUCCAGACCCUUCAAUUUGCCGUGUUGAAAAUGAUUAUUACUUGGUCACGAGCACAUUUCAGUAUUUUCCAGGUGUACCCAUCUACCAUUCUCAGGAUCUUGUCAACUGGGAACAUAUUGGCAAUGUGCUCGACCGCCCUGAGUUGGUUCCAGGUUUAGAUAAGACAUUGAUCAACGGCGGCAUUUGGGCUCCCACGUUGCGGUAUCAUGAUGGUGUAUUCUAUAUGGUUACAACUAUGGUAUUCGUUGACAAGGCAUACAACGACUUCCAACGAUGGAAGAACUUCUUCGUUACUGCAACAAGUCCCAAAGGUCCUUGGUCAGACCCUAUUUUCUUUGACUACCCCGGAUAUGACACGUCGCUUUUCAUUUUUGACAAAGACCAUGCCUAUGUUCAAGGGUCUUUCUAUCAUCGUAUACGUAAAGAAAUAUCUCAAAGUAAGAUUGAUCUCAGAACCGGUCAUGUUACGGAACCACGCAGAAUCUGGUCUGGUACCGGUGAAAAAGCACCUGAAGCUCCUCAUGUAUUGUACAAAGAUGGCUGGUACUAUCUAGUGAUUGCUGAAGGUGGUACAGAGGCUGGUCACCGAGUUGCAAUGGCACGGGCUAAAAGUAUCGAUGCACCCGAGGAUGAAUGGGAAGCUUGUCCUGUCAACCCAAUUUUGAGCCACCACGACUUACCAGACGAAUUGGUUCAAUGUACCGGCCAUGCUGAUUUCUUUCAAGACACCGUGGGCAACUGGUGGAUCGUAUUUUUAGCUUCCCGCGUAUACGAUGGCGAGCGUUUCCCAAUAGGUCGUGAAACUUUCCUUGCACCUGUCGAUUGGAGCGGAGAAUGGCCUUUUGUACAGAGACCCAUCAAAGCUUUUGCACCCAAGGAAUACCAUGGUCCUAAUAUUGCAGCAGCACUUGGUACUUCGAAAAAUUUAUGCAAGUUUGGCAGUAGAGUACACGGUUGGGGAAUCGAAUGGCUUUGGCUUCGUAUCCCCGAUAUGCAAAAAUAUCAGCUGACUGAUCUAACAGACAUCGAUGGUGUGUAUCAUGGAUGUAAAAUAUCGGGGUCUACAGCAAACCUUGCAUCUGAAAUGCAAUCCAGCAGCCUGGUGGGCAUCCGCCAAUGCCAUAUCCGCUGCCGUGUCACUGUGGAUUUGGAACUAGACACAAAUGCCGAUUAUGCUGCGUUAGUCGCCUAUUUGGAUCCUCUCCAUCACGCCUCAGUGGGGGUGGCUGAUAACCAUAUACUAUUUUCAGGUGAAAGAAUCCCUCUACCAAAAGAAUCGUGGAUCAAGCUGGCCAUCAAAGCCGACGAACGAAACUAUAACUUCAUGUACUCAUUUGGCGGUUCACAAGAUUGGCAUAAUAUUGGCACCGUGGAUACUAGGGAGCUCUCUACAGGUUUUACAGGUGUAAUCUUUGGUAUUCAUGUUCAGGGAAUCGGGAAAUCAGCCCACUUUAAAAAUUUCAUGUACGAGAUACUAUAG